CGCCUCCGCUUCCUUCUGCGCCUGGACGGUGGCUCCUCGCUCCCAACCAUCUUGAGGGAGGGAAGCUAGCUGGCGCCUUGCCUGCCUGUCUUUCUCCCUCCCCGAAAGCAGCUGGGCUGCUCGGAUAACGUCAUCGCUUCCGCCCAGCUUCCUCCUCCUGUUGGCGGUGGCGCUAAGAAUCCAACAUGGAGUAAAGAGACAGCGAUGGGGCUCGGACGGGGCCGCCGGCUGCAGCACUAUCCGGGCGGGUUGGCCGACGCGGCGCCCCGCUGCCUUCCCGCGCGCUGAGCGCCCUUCCGUCGCAGCUCCCGUCUCUCUCGCAGCCCUGCGCUUGGCAGCCAACGAGGCCUUAGCAAACUGCCUGGCUUCCUUCCUUUUCCCUCCCCAUCCCUGCCCCCUUCCCCCCUCCGCCCGCCCGCUUUCCAGCGAAGCCGAGGCGGUCUCUCCCCGCAUCCUUCGAGCUCGCUCGGUCUCUUUCUCUUUACCCUCAAUGUGAAGCUUAGAAAAAAUGAAGAAGUGCAGCCGGGCUGCCCGCGGCGGGGGAUGAGUUUUGAGAGGGAGAAAAUGACCGAGGAAACCCAUCCAGACGAUGACAGCUAUAUUGUGCGAGUCAAAGCUGUGGUUAUGACCCGGGAUGACUCCAGUGGAGGAUGGUUGCCCCAAGAAGGAGGUGGCCUUAGUAGGGUUGGCGUCUGCAAGAUCCAGUGCCCCGAGGCCAAUGGAAGAAAUGGAUUUCUCAUUCAUGGAGAAAGGCAAAAGGACAAGCUGGUGGUGCUGGAAUGCUAUGUGAAAAAAGACUUGAUCUACACUAAAGCAAAUCCUACAUUUCACCACUGGAAAGUUGACAACCGAAAAUUUGGACUCACUUUUCUGAGCCCUGCUGAUGCACGAGCAUUUGACAGAGGGGUGAGAAAAGCCAUUGAAGAUCUCACAGAAGGAUCUACAACAUCAUCCUCCACAAUCCACAAUGAAACUGAAGUUGGAGAUGACGAUGUCUUCACUAAUGCCACCGACAGUUCUUCUAAUUCUUCUCAGAAAAGAGAGCAGCCUUUACGAACACUAGCGUCUUCUCCAUCCUUUGAGCAUCAUCGAAUUUGCACCCGUGGCCACUUUCAUGACCAGUUUAGCCCUGAGCAUUACCAUCUAGAACAAUCAAUCUUGCGAUCAUGUCGGCACGUCAGCUUCCCCGAUGAUGAUGAGGAGAUUGUACGGAUUAAUCCACGGGAAAAGAACUGGGUGACAGGCUAUGAGGACUACCGUCAUACCCCUGUGCGGGGGAAGUACAUUGAUCCCGAUGAUGGGGACUCCUAUGUGCAGUUUGCCAAAACGGAGACCUCGAAACAUGACUACAAUUACCCUUACGUUGGUAAUGCUGAUUUCAACCGAGGGGAUGAUAUUAAGGGUGCCGUGAUAAAAACUCAGCCGGCCAGGUGUAAACAGCGGCGGCGAAAAGAAGACGGGGAGAGGUCACGGUGUGUCUAUUGCAGGGACAUCUUCAACCAUGAGGAAAACAGGCGGGGUCAGUGCCAGGAUGCUCCGGACAGAGUCCAAAGCUGUAUCCGCCGAGUCAGCUGCAUGUGGUGUGCAGACAGUAUGCUCUAUCACUGCAUGUCUGAUCCAGAAGGAGACUAUACAGACCCUUGCUCCUGUGAUACCAGCGAUGAGAAGUUUUGCCUUCGGUGGUUGGCCCUAAUCGCCUUGUCCUUUCUGGCCCCUUGUAUGUGCUGUUACUUGCCCCUCCGGGCUUGCUAUCACUGUGGGGUUAUGUGCAGGUGCUGUGGUGGAAAACACAAAGCAGCUGGAUGACAACGCUCCAAGCUAGUGAAGGUCUUUUUUCUUCCCCUUCUCGGUCCGGAGCGUUCUCAGAGUUUGUGCCCACCUGAGCCAGCCUUGGGAGCCUGUUGGAAUCUGGGAGCCAGACGGCUUCUUCUUUUUCCCUCCCACUUGGCUGCUAUGCGUUGACUGCUCCCGGAGUUCUAACAGACUAGUGUACAACGUAGACGUUUGCAUUAUAGAUCUGUCAUCCAGCAGAAGGUCUUCUGUGUGAUUAUUCCUUCCCUCCUGCAAGGAAAGAGAUUGAGAUGGGAAAGAUUGGAUGUGAUGGAAUUCGGAACAGCUCACAGGUGUAACCUACAUUUAGCAAGCUCAUGGCAUCUCUGAGAGUUAUGGUACAAUGGAGUGAAAUCCCACUUUGGCUUGUGAUCUCCUUGCAGCCAGCUAGAGGGUAUGGAUUUGUGUGUCUAGAGAAGGUGUGUGUGUGGGUAACAAAUGUGCACCAUGGUAUUAUCGGGCCGACAAUCACACAAGCUACAGUUCCUGCAACGUUCUGUCGUGUUUUCGGUAGUCUUUUGGGAUGAUUUCUCUAUUCUGCAAGGAUGCAAACGAAUUUUCUGAUUUUUGAGGGUUCAGCUAAAAUGUGGGAAAUGAGCCUUAGUAUUACCUGUACAAUAUGUGAUAAUCUGAAAACUCCUGUGAUUUCAGACCAAUUUUUAUACAGAAAAUGAAAACUUUAUAAAUAAGUCUCUCCUCUUCCUCUUUCCCACAGCCACCGUCGCCUUUCUCUUCCAAAUUGCAGUGGAAAAAUUAGCUUUGCAUUGAUGUUCUUCCCAAUGAAAAUAGUCUUUACGCUGUGGUGUUCCUAUCUGAGACAAAGGGGGAUUUUGCAUGUUUUGAAAUUUGACACGUACACAAACUUUGUCUACAGGUCAGUAUGCUAAGGAUAAGGGAAAGAAUCCUCCUCCCUCCCCACUUCUUGGAAUCCAGGGUGGGGGGGUGUCUGGAAUUAACCCGAGGUCUUACACUUUCCAGGGGAUUCCAGACUAAUCCAGAAAUAUAGGGAAGCCUUGACUGCAAGACAUUUCAUUGGUCAGUGUCUUUGCCUUGAAGGCCUUUGAACCUAUGAGGGUGCUUUGAACAUUUUCUAUCACGGAGUGAGACACAGGACUGCCUGCCUGCACCCGGGCUCAAGGAAGGGGUCUAACACAGCCAGAGGGCUCAAGGUUGCCACCACCAGAGCAUUUGACAAUCACUUAGAUGUAGGCAGGAACAUGGCUUCUUUCAAUCAUUCAGUUUUUUUCAGUGCAAGUGCAUUUGUUUCUUUUUUUCUUUAAAGAAAAGCCUAAGAGGAAUUGACACAUAUUGUCCCAAUCAUGAAUCCAGAGAUGUCUGGUGAAGCUUACUAAGGUAGUCAAUUUUACUGGAGUUUCUCCAGAGACAUUGCAGAGGUGGGGAGGGGAGAAUUAAAAGAAGCAUUUACUCAUGCUUUUAGUACCAAUGCAUGCUCCAGCCUCUCUCCCUGUUCUUCACCUACCUGCAUGCCUUUGUCCUGAGGUGAAACUGACUGACUGAGAAAGGAUUCUCCAUCCAGGCAGCAUGUAUCUUCCAUUCCUCAAGUUCCUGGCUCUGCAAAGUACCUGUACUGUGAACAUGAAUAAUUCCCAGUGGAGUUGGGUCAGUGUUACUCCUUCCUCUGUUCCCAGUUCAGUGACCUAAUGCACAGAUAGGAAGCAAAAAUAUUGAGGCAAAGUUGCACCAUGGUGUUUACAGGGUUCUCUGUUAUUGGCCUGAACCAACACCCCACCCCCAGCCCUCUGCUGUGCAGACAACAGGAUCAACCUGCAGUUGGCAUAAGGCCACGUUGCUCUUCACUCUCAAAUGCACUGAACCAGCGUAUUUGGCAUCUGCAGAGAACCAGAGCGAAUAGGCCUCGGAUCAGAGUUGGAUGAAUCCCAGCCCCUUUGUACCCGCCUGCCGUGAAAGUACUGUAGAUCCUGGGACCCUUCAAAUAUUUUACUGGCCCUUCAUAUCUGAAAGGUGGGCCCUGCUGGAAUCACCAGGCACCCCAACACUUGCAAGCAGUGAAUCUGAAUAUAACUUGGUAGUGCAUAAAGUGUGCAUGCAUUGCAGAACCUGUUUCAGACCCGCUUCUUUGAUUUCUAAGUUGUAAAAUACAGCAGGGUGAAGCGAUACCUUAAUUUUGUGAGGUUUUGACUUUUGUUUUCUUUAAAGCCAUGUCUUGUGUACAAGGCUUGUAAUUAGCUGGGGAAAUAAUAUUUUUCUAAUAUAUGAUGUGGAAAUAGCAAAGGUUUUAUUCAAAGGAAUAAAGUGUAGAACAGUUUAGCUAUAAUAUAGCAUAGUACAAUCUGAAUAUUCUGAGGCAGCUAGGCACCGGCUUGUAAGAACAGGCGCCGCUCUUCGUGCUUUGGGCAGCUGACUGCCGGGGCAUGUGUGGCCUUGCCCCACUCCCACCUCUUCUAUUGCACAUAGAAAGAAGUCUUAAUUGAAAGAAAAGGAAAUGGGUUUUCAUUUUGGCCAAAUAGCAGCCACAAAGAGUGAACACGCUUGCAUUGUUCCAUGCGAAACAGGCCCACAGUUCCUUCCAGGGGGGUUGCUGCUUCAAUCUCAUUUAAUUGCAUAUGCAACGAUCUGUGAUGUUAUGGCCAAAUCCUGCAGCCAGAGCACCCCAGGUUAUACUCAGGCAUUGAUUUCACAAGCAGAGGACAUUUCCCCUUUUCGCAGCUCCCUGCUUUGGGCACGUCAUAGAAUGCAUUGGGCCAAUCCAGAACAACACGGCUGGGAUCCAGCACCCUCGCGAUGAGCAACCCUCAUGAACCCAACUCCACCCCAACUUUUUGCCAUAUGACAAGCCACUCUUAAAACUCAGGGCACCUCAGGAGAAGUCUUGGGGAGACACCACCCUGGCUUGCGGGUGUCAGCGUAGAAACCAACCUAAGAAGAUCUUGAGUCAGCUUCUCCUUGCAUUGGCUUGACAGGCAGGAGCUGCUAGAACAUUCCCCGUUCCCUUGCUGCCUGGGCCCUGUUACAAGCUCCUGGCUGCAUUGAGAGGAACUGAUGCUAAAGCUCCUCCCCAUGCCAAUAUGGCCCCCCUUUUUGGGAAGGAGCCACUUUUCCCCUUCCAGACCCCUGUGGGUUUCUUGGGUCACCUUUGCAGCUGAGCAGUGAGUAAACUUGGCUGUAGACUUUCUGUCACAAAGGUAAAGUGAGGACAGGGCAAACUCAGAUCUUUGACGUAUUAUGCAGAACAAUGAUACCGGGUUUGGGGCAGUUAGUUUUAGUUCUGCAUUUUAUUGGGAACCUACUUAAUUUUGCAUUUUCAACCCUAUGCAUGAACUGAAAUUCAGUUACCUUUUGAAAUGUGCACUUACGUGAAUGUUGGGUUGCAGUUCUCCAAACAAAAAAAUGCAGUAUUGGGGAUCAGGAGAAAGGCGAACAAAAAGAAUCAGUGUGUAGAAUUGCCUUCUGCUGGGAAAUAUGCUUACCAUUUAGCACAAAAAUGGUACAAAUAUUCACCUAAAGUUUGUAUUAAAAAAGAUCAAUACAAAAAUGGGAUAAGACUAGCUUAAGGCUUGGAAAAAUGAGAAAUUGAAAUUUAACAGUUUCUUUCAUCCUUGAUAGGGGGUAGAGUCUGAAUUGGAUCACUUCAUCCCUCACAUACCCAGGGAAUCAUGUAAUUCUGUUCUCUUUUUUUAGCAGAUCAGUGAGAUUUGACAUAAUCCUCUCCUUGAUGGGCCAGUUUACUAUACAUCAAGUAUUUAAAACAAAAUUCCUCAAUUGCAGCCUGCAGUUCUAUAUAAUGUGUGAGUCAAUUGGCUCUAAGUUCUUCAUUGUAGUGUUUCAAAUUCCAGAUUUGGGAUUUGUCUGUAACAUAUAGACAACACAUAUAAUAUAAAUGAAAAUACUGCUGUUAAAUUUCCUUUUGUGGAAAAGUGCUAAAUGGUAAGGGAAGCUCUUCACUUUAUUUUAGUAUUAUUUUUUGAACUGCGGGCGGGGGGGGGGGAUUCAUGGGGAAAAUGUGUAUUUUUGUGCCUGACAGCAAAUGACAAAUCUCUAAAGGGUGACUAGCAAACAUCAAGCCAGCCUCAAAAUAAAAUAAUGGAACAACUUUAUUACCACAGUAAUUACUGCAAAGUUGUCCCAUUUUCCUGAAUUUCUGUAAGGUCUUUCUCCUCUACAAAGCACAACACUACAGAAGAGAUCUUAAGGAUUGCCAAGCUUCUCCAUUCAAAUGCCCCUAUUUAUUUCACUGAAGCAGCUAAAACUCCCCACCUUCCUAUCUGCCUUCUUCUGUAAAUUCCCUCUUCCCACCUCUACCUUGGCUUUGUUUGAAUCCUUGGCACUUUGUUUCAUGUUCCUUCUUUCUCUCUGUGCGUUGGAGCGAGAGGGUCAUUUUGGGAAGGAGGCUUCAAGUGGGGCACAAGAGCAGAAAUGGAAGGGGGGAACUGGGGGGUGUAAAUAUUUCCCAUCGAUCCCAAUUGCAGCUGAUCCAGGUGUGGCGUUCUCCUCCUCUCAGCUUUCCAGUACUGACAUUAAUCAUCUGAGAAAUUAUUCAGAUUUUAUUUUUGUAUCUGUGGUAACAAUCCAUUAACAAAAAGGUUUUUUUUUCCUCAGUUGUGAUUUUUUUCAAGCUAUUGCUCAUGUUAACGGAUUUAAGUGCCUGAAGCGACCUUCCAUUAUGUAUCUGUAUACUAAAAGUUAAAAACUCAGUUGUAUUGAUUUUUAUAAGCCUUUUUACCUCUGUGUAAAGAAUAUAUAUACAAGUGUAUGAUGUACAUUUUAGUUCUUAACUUCUUUUUUAUUGUUUCUAAUAAGUAUGAUCAUUGUAGCUAUUGCUUUAAAAAUGUACCAUGUAAAUAUAAAUACAUCAUAUAAAAA